AUGACCAGUAAGAUCGAGGAAUUGAAAGAACUAAUUGAGGGGUCUAGAAGUAAAGGUAAGGAACGACGAUGCACGUAUAAAGACUUUAUGGCGUGCAAUCCGGCAACGUAUGAUGGUAAAAUUGAUCCGAUCGCAUGCCAAAGAUGGAUUUCAAAUAUAGAAGCGGUGUUCAUUCGAAGUCGUUGUGAUAACGAAGAUAAGGUGAUGUUCGCCACCGGCCAACUCACUUUUCAGGCAAAAGAUUGGUGGGAUGCACACAGUAAAGAGAUAGGUGAAGAAAGGCUCCAAACAAUGACCUGGCAAGAGUUUAAGGAUCCUUUCAUGAAAUAUCACUGCCCUCAGUCCGCCGUUGAUAAGAUUCAAGAGGAUUUCUUACGCCUCCGACAGAAGAACGAGACGAUAAAUGAGAUAUCAAACACCUUCUUGGAUAAGAUGAAGUUUUGUGGAGAGUUUGUGCAAACUGAAAGGAUGAAGAUUAACCGCUUUUAUGGCGUGUUAAAGGCAGAAUUUAGGGAGUUCAUUACUCCCUCGAAGUGUGAGACCCUUGAUGAGCUCAUCAAUCUAGCGCGGGAUAGAGAAAUCGAGAUCAAGAGGCAAGAAGAGCGUGGAGAAAAGAGACCCAAUGAAAAAGGUGGAAAUUCGACCCCGACCAAAAAGGGGAAGUAUCAAGAGCAAGGAAGAAAUGAUAAGUCGAGGAGUGGUAUCACGCCGUGCAAGACUUGUGGAAAACUUCAUACGGGGGAAUGUUUGUUAGGCAAGAAAGGGUGUUACAAAUGCGGUAAGGAGGGACACUCAUCUUAUCAAUGUCCGAAUAGCCCAAAAACUUGCUUCAACUGUUUCGAAAAAGGGCACAUCAAAUCUGAGUGCCCGAAACUCCAGCAAGAGUCGAAGAAGGAAGAUAAGAAACAAGAAGGUUCUAGGGCCAAGGGUAGAAUGUUCCAAAUUACAUCCGAAGAAGCCAAGUCUCACCCGAAUGUGAUUUCAGGUAUCUUUUUACUAAACUCCAUACCGGUUUAUGUGCUAUUCGAUACUGGAGCUACUAUGUCAUUUAUUUCGAAUGAAAUUAUACAACAUCCGUCCUUUAAGAUCGAACGAAUGCCAAUGCCUUUAGAAGUAGAAAUAGCCGAUAGCAAGAUGUAUAUGUUACAUGAGGUUUGUAGAAAUUGUAAAUUCACUAUAGAAGAUGAAGAAUUUGACAUCGACCUGAUACCCAUGGUUUUGGGGGAAUUCAAAAUGAUCGUGGGGAUGGAUUGGUUGGCGCGACACCAUGUGGAGAUUAACUGUGAAACCAAGGUAAUGGUUAUUCAAGCUCCAAGUGGAAAGCAAUUAAGUAUUCAAGGAGAGAGAAACGUGGAAACCAAGUUGUGUACCUUGGUCCAAGCUUAUAAGUACGUACUUAACGGGAGUAGAGCUUACUUAGCUUAUGUAGGAGAUGCCCAACAAACUCUCCCGAAGCUUGAAGACGUUGAGGUCGUGAACGAAUUUCCGGAUGUAUUCCCGGAAGAAUUGCCGGGACUUCCUCCCGAAAGGGAGAUAGAGUUUCGCAUCGAAUUAAACCCGGACGCGAAGCCAGUUGCAAAAGCUCCCUAUAGACUUGCUCCCACCGAGAUGCGAGAACUGAUGACACAGUUGCAAGAUCUUCUAGAUAAAGGCUUUAUACGCCCAAUCAUGUCGUUCGGAUUGACGAACGCGCCGGCUGCGUUUAUGGAUCUUAUGAACCGGGUGUGCCGACCCAUGUUAGAUAAAUCGGUAAUCGUGUUCAUAGAUGAUAUCCUAGUCUACUCGCGAAGCAAAGCUGAGCAUGUAAGGCAUUUGCGUGAAGUACUCGAAAUUCUCCGCAAGGAGAAACUUUACGCAAAAUUUUCAAAAUGCGCCUUCUGGCUCAGGGAAGUGCAGUUUUUAGGCCACGUGAUUAAUGCGGAAGGUGUUUUAGUGGAUCCAUCAAAGAUUGAUGCUGUAGUGAGAUGGCUUUCCCCGAAAAGCUCGACUGAAAUAAGGAGUUUCCUAGGCCUCGCGGGAUACUAUAGGCGGUUCAUACAGGAUUUCUCAAGGAUAGCUCUACCCUUAACCAGGCUGACGAGAAAGAAAGAAAAGUUUGUGUGGGGUAAGGAACAGGAAGAGGCCUUUCGUAUACUAAAGGAGAGGUUGUCGAGUCCUCCGGUCCUGACAUUACCAGAUGGAACUGAAGACCUGGUUGUUUAUUCAGAUGCUUCACACCAGGGGUUAGGUUGUGUUUUGAUGCAAAGGGGAAAGGUUAUUGCAUAUGCUUCGCGGCAAUUAAAGCCUCACGAGCUUUCAAGCGCAAUUAAGCCCGCUUAG